CAGAUAUGCCUCAGAAGUACACCACUGGAGGCAGUCAAACAUUAGACCUUGAAAUUCUUGUCCUACAGUUAAACAGGGGAGGGCAUCAGAAAAGUCCGCAUAAACAGUAUGCCUGAAGUCUAGCUAGUUUUGUAGAAUACAUGUAGUCUUCAUGGGUCUGGAAAACGUUGUAUUCAGGGACUGCCGCAUUAUAAAUGACACGAGUGGCAUAGCAACCCUUGGCUUUUCUCCGUUGGUAGGAACCAAGGCUUCAAGGAGCAGGGACUAGGGAGACUGAAGAAAAGACAGCUGUGCGGUCUAAACUCAGUGAAAACACGCGCCACAGUGCUCAUUUGCCUCUUCUGCGAGGCGCGUACAGAGGAUGGCGAAAGAAACAAGAGGGAAAGCUGCCCUGCGCAAGCACAGCGCCUCCCACUGGCGGAUGCAGAACAUCGCACAGGAGUCUGUCGACAGCUCCGACGAUGAGUUCUUCGACGCUAGAGAGGUUCUGGAGGGGAAGACAGCCAUGCUGCUGGGCAUGAGCCAGUGGAACUCCAACGACCUGGUAGAGCAGAUCGAGACGCUGGGACACAUGGACCAGACGCAAGAGAGCCUGUACCGCCAUGGCCGCCGGCGAUGUCACCCUCAGAGUAGCAUUGAUGGCCUGGAGGAUAUGGAGAAGUGCAAGACAGAGGUUCUGAUCUUGCUGGUGCAUGGUGGAAACAUCCUUGACACGGCCGGCGGUGACCCAGGCACCAAGGCAGGCGAUGUGAGCACGCUGGCGUCUGUGCUGGAGAAGGUGUCCAGGGCCCACUUCCAGGCAGCUGCGGAGCAUGUGCUCAUCAAGCUGGUGCCCUGCCCAGCCGUGUGCGCCAAAGCCUUCUCUCUCGUCUCCAACUUGAACCCGUACAGCUAUGAUGAGAGCUGUGUGUCCAGCAGUGUUGACCACCUCCCUCUGGCCGCGCUGCCUCUCCUCGCCAUCGCCGCCCCACACUACCAGGACGCCGUGGCCACCGUCAUUGCCCGCGCCAACCAGGUCUACCACAGCUUCCUGCAGUCCCCGGAUGGCCAAGGCUUCACUGGCCAGGUGUGUUUGUUGGGCGACUGUGUGGGGGGCGUGCUGUGCUUCGACGCCUUGUGCUUCAGCAACAGCCAGCGCCCGGCCAGCCCCUGCGGCAGCAGCAAGAACAACAGCACCGAGAGCCUCAAGGAUAACCCGGGCCUGUUGGAUGAGGCCGGCCCUGGCCUGAGCGGCAGUAAGCGCCUCAGUAAAAGCAACAUCGACAUCUCAGCCCCCAUAGACGAGCUCGGACGCCGCAGGCAGCCUCUCAGCCGUAAGCAGAGCGACUCCUUCGACGACGCUUCCUCUGGACAACAUGCCACUUUCCUCAACAGACUUAUUCAGGAUGGUGGGGAUCUCCGGCCAGGCAGCAACCAUAACCUAGUUCUGAAUCCGGGGCGCUUUGAUUUCGAGGUGUCCGACUGUUUCCUCCUGGGCUGUCCACUGGGCCUGGUGCUGGCCAUGAGGAGAACUGUGCUCCCGGCUGUCCAAGUGACCCAGCUGCGGCCAGCCUGCUCUCAGAUCUGCAACCUCUUCUUUCCCUCGGACCCCUCGGCGUCCCGCCUGGAGCCCCUGCUGCACCCCAACUUCCACCGGCUGCCGCCCUUCCCCGUGCCCCGCUACCAGCGCUACCCCCUGGGAGACGGGCGCUCGGCACUCAUUGCGGACGACAUUCACGCCCAUCCCGAGGUGUUUCUGGACACGGCCCAGAGCACAGGCAGCGCUCCCCAGCCCUGCUCCCCCCCACUGGACAGAGAUGGCAGGCCAGGGGCAGGCAGUGGUGGCGGAGGAGGAGGUCGAGGUGGAGGGCUGGUCCGCCGAUCCAGUCUGACGAGUGUGGACAGUGAGGCGUCCGGUGGUGCUGAGAGCCGCCUAAGCAGCACUGUGGCCAACAUCUCCAGCACCUGGUGGGGCUCCAAGAGGCUGGACUACUCCCUCUACUGCCCCGACGUGCUUACCUCCUUCCCCACCGUGGCCCUGCCACACCUGUUCCACGCAUCCUACUGGGAGUCCACUGACGUGGUGGCCUUCAUCUUGCGGCAGGUGAUGCGAUGUGAUUGUGUCCAUGCCCAGGAGACUGACCAUAUAGACUCCAGCCUCUUUUCCCCUUCCAGCCCCAGGGAGAAGUGGCUACGCAGGAGAACCCACGUGAAACUGAGGAACGUGACUGGCAACCACCGGGUUCAUGAUGUCAUCGCGACCGAGGACGGGCAGCAGACGCUGGUGGGCCGCUUCAUGUACGGACCGCUGGACAUGGUCACGCUGACCGGAGAGAAGGUGGAUAUAUUCCUGAUGACUCAGCCACAGUCAGGCCGCUGGGUGCACUUUGACACGGAGGUGACCAACAGCAAUGGUCGUAUCUCCUACACCAUCCCCAAGGACAAGAGGCUGGCAGUGGGGGUCUACCCGAUCAAAAUGGUGGUGAAGGGUGACCAGACGAGUGCGGAGGCCUUUAUCACAGUGUUGCCGCGGGGGAUGGAGUGUGUGGUGUUCAGCAUUGAUGGCUCCUUCGCCGCCAGCGUCUCCAUCAUGGGAAGCGACCCCAAAGUGCGCCCAGGGGCAGUGGAUGUUGUUAGGCACUGGCAGGACCUGGGCUUCCUGAUCAUCUACAUCACGGGGCGGCCGGACAUGCAGAAGCAGCGCGUGGUCUCCUGGCUGUCCCAGCACAACUUCCCCCAGGGGAUGAUCUUCUUCUCCGAGGGCCUCGUGCAUGACCCCCUCAGGCAGAAAGCCCUCUUCCUCAAAAGCCUUAUGCAGGAGUGCCACAUCAAGAUCAACUCGGCCUAUGGCUCCAUGAAGGACAUCUCUGUCUAUAACAUGCUUGGCCUCGUCCCGUCCCAAAUCUAUAUUGUCGGCAGGCCGUCCAAGAAGUACCAGAACCAGUGCCAGUUUCUGAGUGACGGGUACGCCGUGCACCUCUCCACGCUGCAGUUUGGGCACCGGGCGCGGCCCAAGAAGAGCUCGUCGGUCCGCCUGGUGCUGUGCAACGGGUCCUUCGGCCGCUCGCCUAAGCCCGACUUCCUGUGCAAGCGCACGCACCUGCGGCGCACCAUGUCCGUGCAGCAGCCCGACCCGCCAUGCAACGUCAACCCCAAGCCCGAGCGUGCUCAGAGCCAGCCCGAGACGGACAAGGACCACGCCAGCACCAGCGGCACUGGAGGAGGAGGAGGCGGAGGAGGAGGAGCAGGAGGAGGGGUGAGUCACGGCGUGUGGGCACGAGCGUCCAUACAACGCGGAGACACCACACCCUGAAGAACAGUACAAGCGAGAGAAAGGGAGCAGGAGUGAUGGAGAGAGAGAGAGGGAGAGGGAGAGAGAGAGAGAGAGAAAGAGGAAGGGAGACGGACGAGGAGGAGGAGAAGGCAUCUCAGUGCACUGGUCCUGGGUGAACAGCCUGAUGAAUAAUCAAUAACUUAGAGCCUCAGUAAUGUGCGGUGCAGUGCAGCACAGCCCAGCACAGCACGACUGCGUCAGGAAGGCCAUAUGCUGGGCACUCCCCCGAGGUCUCGUCCCCCACCGCAUUCCCGCUGCCAGACCCGCCUGACAUCCUGACACUUGAGGACAUCGGCAGAAUCAAAAUGCUCAUCGGAAAACAAUAUGUUAAUGGAAAUCAGCGUGGCAUUUCUAAUGAGCCUCGCUUUGCACAACCUCCCAUGCGGAGGGAAACCGCAGCAGGGACACACCUGCAGCAGAUGUGCUGCAGUGUGUUUUCCCCGAUGCAGCCGCUGAUUAUCUCGCCCCUGUGUACACACGGUUUUGAUUUGGCUGGCAGGAUGUGGUGGUAACGCCAGCAAAAUCACAAAAUCACAACUUGGUGCGGCUCUACGAUUCCUACCACUGAACAGUGACUGUGUUGUUGUGCACUCUCAUCCAUAUUCAGGCCGCCAUUGGAGGUAGACAGGCUAUUAUUAGAAGCGGGCCCUGUAUUUCCAUAGCUGGCUGCCUUCUGUUUGCUCAUUUUUGUGAAGCUGAAUGACGAUCCUGAUGGCAAAUCCACCAAUGGAAGUUAUUAUGCCGAACCCUGAUAAGCCCAAGGAUGGCCUGUCCAGUCAUGCUUGAAAGCCUGCCAUUUCAGGAUGGGCAAUAUAAUGACUGCUGAAUGAAGUAGAUAGUGGCUUGGCCACUGGCCCUCUUAGCCUGGCUCACCCCUUGAUGGUUUACAAAUGUUCAGUUUAAUGGAGAGAUUGUUCUUUAAUUUCUUUUUUUUUACUGCACUGAGGAAAAACCACCACUGUUCUCUCUCCUCUGCCACAUUUACUCGCUAUACGGUAUUGUAUUACAACCUAGAGUAUAGCGGAAAAGGCCUGGAUGCUAACACUGCAUUCAUUAACACAUGAAUUAAUUCAUCAUAAAACCAACCGUUUUUCAUGUCCAGCAUGGCAUAGUUAGUUAAGUGGUUUUAUUAUACGGCUCUUCACAAUGCUAGUAGAACGCUCCAUUGACUUGAAUGGGAUUUCCCAACGUUCUACGGUAAAAUAAAUUCAUGUAAUUACCGCUGCAAACAUAUAAUUACC